UCACAACGGGGGCGCCGCCGCUGCAGUCAGAGGUCUUCUCGGUGAAGCCCUCCGAGGGAACCCUUUAAACUGCUCAAAGUUCGGACUUUUUUUCGGAUGAUACCGGAGUGGAAACGCUCGAAUAACCCAAACAUGACAAGUUACGACGGUUUGCUACCUCUUGCCAUGUCGGCGUAGCUAGAAAAGUCCGGAAAAGUCUCCGUGGUCCGCAACAAACAAGGCGAGCUGUACCAGAGUAUUCGUAACCGUCGAGUAUUCCCCUACUUUUUCGCUGUUAUUAUUGGUUUCCUUUUGAUUUUUUUUCGGGGAAUGUACCUUUUCCGAACCGGUUUGGACGUGUUAAAGUAUUUUUAAAGUCUGGAUAGUUCUACUUUUUUCUUAUUUGGACUUUGUUGCGUUGCCUCACCAUGUUGCCGAGCACGGCGCAGUACGCGAUGAAGAAACGGAAGAAGCCGGUGCAGAAAACGCCCAAGCCACCUCCGCCCGACGGCGCCAAGUCCAACCCGUCCAAACGCCACCGGGACCGCCUCAACGGAGAGCUGGACAAGCUCACCAGCCUGCUGCCGUUCCCGGAGGAGGUGCGGGCGCGACUUGACAAGCUGUCGGUGCUGCGGCUCAGCGUCGGCUACCUCAAGGUCAAGAGCUUCUUUAAUGCCGUCAUGACAGCCGGCCCGAACGGCUCCAGCUGGAGCAGCGAGCGGGAGCGGCUGUUUGGAGGAAACGUCCAGAGCGCCGCGCCGCCGUCGCUCUCCUCCUCCUUCUCCACGGUGACCACCUCCAUCGACGGAGUCAGCUUCUCUGAGGGAGACCUGCUGCUGCAGGCGCUGAACGGCUUCGUGUUGGUGGUGACGGCUGAAGGUUACGUCUUCUACACGUCGCCCACCAUCCAGGACUUCCUGGGCUUCCACCAGUCGGACGUCGUCCAUCAGAGCGUGUUUGAGCUGAUCCAUGCAGACGACCGCGCGCUCUUCAGACGCCAGCUUCACUUCUCCUUCGACUCCGACGCCGAUGGAUCCGAGAGUCCCAGUGAGCAGAACAGCGCUGACAUCAGCACCAACGUGGUGGCCUAUGACCUCCAGACCAUCCCUCCUGAGAACUCGUCCUUCCUGGAGAGAAACUUCUGCUGUCGUUUCCGCUGCCUCCUGGACAACUCGUCUGGCUUCCUGGCUCUGAACUUCCGCGGCCGGCUCAAGUUCCUCCACGGUCAGAACCGGGUGUCUGAGAACGGGUCGCUGGUUCCGCCUCAGCUGGCUCUGUUCGCCAUCGCAACGCCGCUGCAGCAGCCGUCCAUCCUGGAGAUCCGCACUAAGACGCUCAUCUUCCAGACCAAACACAAGCUGGACUUCACGCCCAUCGGCAUCGAUGGCAGAGGGAAGAUUGUUCUGGGUUACAACGAGGUGGAGAUCAGCAUGAAGGGUUCAGGCUACAGCUUCAUCCACGCCGCCGACAUGAUGUACUGCGCCGACAAGCAUCUACGAAUGAUGAGAACCGGAGAAACCGGCUUCACCUUCUUCAGACUGCUGGCCAAAGAUCGGCGCUGGGUCUGGGUCCAGUCCAAUGCCCGGCUGCUCUAUAAGGACGGGCGGCCAGAGUUCAUCGUGGCGCGGCAGCGAGCGUUGACGAACGAGGAGGGGGAGGAGCAGCUGCGCCUGCGCCAGCUGCAGCUGCCCUUCAACUUCGCCACCGGUGAGGCGCAGCUGUACGAUCUGCCGCUGAGCCUGGAGAACCUGGACGUCCCGGACCUCUGCUCCGCGCCCAAACUCCGGAAAACGGAGGGAGAACCCAGCAACUCCAGCUCCCUGCUGGACUGCCUGCGGAGCCAGGGCCGCGCGGCCUACUGCAAGCACGAGAACCCCAAUGGCAUGAGCUCGCUGAGCGAUGUGGCGUUCCAGGACUCGCACGCCACCGUCAGCAUCCCCCAAGAGCUGCAGCCGGAGCCGGCGGCCGGCGUGCCGCUGCUGCGCAUGGACCCCACCAUCCAGGACAUGGUGGAGACGCUGGAGCAGCUGUUCGGCGACGCAGACCUGAUCGAGGCGGUGGACGUCGGGCCGGAGGAGCUGCAGAGCUGGGAGAACUCUCUGAUGAACUUCACCGCCGGCAGCCAGGUGUUCCAGGACGACAUGAACGACCUGCUGAGCAGCGACAUCCUGACCUACGUGGCAGAGCAGCUGCAGAUUGAGGGCGGCCUGGCCUUCCCCAACCCACUGGACAAGAUCCAGAACCACAACCCGGAGCUGGCUGGGCAGCACGACUUCAGCUGGCCCGUCCAGACCCAGAACCAGAACCAGAUCCAGAACCAGAUCCAGAACCCGAUCCAGAACCAGAUCCAGAUCCAGAACCAGAACCAGAACCAGAUCCAGAUCCAGAUCCAGCCGGCGCCUCUCUCUGGGACGGCCAAGCUCAGCCACCUGGACUUCCCUCCCAUGACUUCUGCUGGGUUCAACGGCCUGCCGGUUCCGGUUCCGUCUUCCCUUCAGCUGAGCAGCUCCUCAAACAUGACCUUUAACCCUUCGUGUCGUCAGCGCCAGGUAUUUAAAAGCAGCCCUACAGAGUUAAUGGACCCGGACCAGAACACGGGCGGAACCGUCAACCCGGUGUUUAUCUUUAAAGGCUCCCAGAGGGGCGAGUCCGGCCCAGCCCAGAACUUUGUAGAACCGUACGCCCCAAAUAUUUCAAGCGGCGCCGACAUUCAGCUGCCGCUGUCCGGGUUCCAGCCUAACCCCACCAUCCUGAACCCCUUUAGAACCCCUGAGCCUGGCCCGUUCCCCGACCACCUGGACUGCAUGUUCAGAACCGCCGCCGCACCGCUGCCCAACGGCGUCCAUCACGACCAGGCCAGAACCGACCCGGACUCCUUCCAGAUGCCGGCCAAGGCCACCUGCCGCUACCAGCCGCUGCCUGCGGGCGGCGCUGUGGUGGCGGCGCUGCCAUCGCAUAAAGAGCCGCCGCUGACCUACCAGGUCAAGUCCAACGGUCGGACAAUACAGCAACACAUUCUACACUUCAGUGAAAACACACAGAUGGACAACCGUCCCAUCGUUGGGAAGGGAGGAUUCCCCUUCACCUCGCUGCCCAAUGGGAAAACCUGCCUGACACAGAACAAAUAGGACCGCUGAGACGCCUGGACUCCAACCCGGACUGAAACCCGGACUCAUCCAUGGAAAACCGUAAAGACUGGAGCGACUAACGAGGGUUAGACUGAAGAACAAGUUCAGCUUUGGUUCAGGUUUGGUGGCAUUGGCUCAAGAAGACAAUCAAGACUCAUGACAGCUGGAGAAAUAUUUCCUCUUUUAUGGGACUUAUUAAGCAAUUUGGAUGACUUUAUUGUAGUGCUUCCUCAUACAGGAAUCAGGAGUCUUCAAAUUAACCAUAAAAAAGGAAGAAAAAUGUUUUGAGUCAAUUUUUCUUCACAUUCAAUGGAGAGAAGUAACAAAAAGAGGCGUGGAGUGCUCAUAAAGCAUUAAAAGCAUUUAUUUAAAACACUUUUUAUCGCUGGUGAUGCACACAGGCAGUUUUAGGUGGUUGGAAGUGAAUUUAAGUAAAACGGGACAGAAUGCAAGCUGUUCGGUUCACCACCAGGGGGCAGCAGUUACAAACCAGAGUGAUUCUCAAUCUAAAUAACUUCAACACCUAGAGGCCAGAGGUGGUAUUGCGCUCCACACCCAUUUGUUGCUAAUUUUAUCCCCAUUUAAAAAAAAAAGAAGAAGACGAGGAGAACACUGAACCAGCCGCGUGUUUUUCCUGCUGUCCUGUUCAGCGCACAGAUGUUCUGCUCCGACCCGAACGCCGAGCCGGGUUGACGAUCACCGUUUCGUUGUUUGGUUGCUGUUCUAAUCCGUCUCCAUUGAGUUCAUUUCAGCUGUCCCGCAGCGGGGAAGAUUUGCUUUGCAAGCAGACAUGGUAUAAUAUAAAACCAUGGACAUAAACGCACAACAGAGUGACGUCAUCAUCCUACUACGAGCCUGGAAGUCGAGUCGAUUCAGUGAAAACAGCUGCUUGUUUGUAUAUUUUAAAGCUUUGUCUCUGAGCCACAUCUUUCUCUUCUCUUCCUUUUAUUUUAUUGAUUUUAUUUGUUUCUUCUGAUGUUUUGCUCUUUUCUUGUCAGUGGGGUAAAAUACAGAUGGUGCCUUAAACUGAUGGAGCUUUAAAAAGAAUAAAAAGAUUUAAAAAAAGGGAAAAUAUUUUAAAAUUGACCAAAUUUAUUUAAUUAGUUUAAAGCCAAACUUUGAGAUUUGUUUCACUUUAAGGUGUUUGAUUUGCCAAAGCACAGAAACAUUUAGGAUUAAAUUCCUGGAGCCACUUUAUGAAACUAAACGGGCACAAAUUAAAACUUUAGCACUUAAUUUUUUAAAGAGUAACUCUCGCUGCGCUGUUUGCACUAGAUUUAAAGAUAAAAAUUUAUUUUAGCAAGGCUCACAUCCUCCUCUGUGUCUCCACAUCCUUAAACCCGUCCAGCAGCAAAACACAGAAGUAAGACAGUGUAAGGCAGCUAAUGUAUAUAUAAAAUAAGGAAAAUAAAUGGAAAAUCUCCUUCAUAGAUGCCUUUUAAUUGACUUAGUUUUAACAGCCCAAACUGAGCCAACUUUAGUAGCACUUCUUCCAGAAUAAGAAAAGCGAAUCGUUUUCAUCAGAUUUUAGAGGAAACAGACUUGAAUUGAACCAAACUUUUGUAACCAAAGCCAUCUAAGAAGCCUUACUCCUGAGGAUACCAAAGGGAAUGUAACGUAAUUAACAUUUUCCAUAACGUUCAUUUGUUAGUGGUUUAAACAUUUUUAACCACAAACAGACGCUCAGGUCUCACCGCGAAGUUUAUCCGAUCUGGUUUCCUGUUGGUUUAAAUGUUUUGCACAAGUCGGACAUGGAACUCUGGGAAAUGUAGUUGUCCUGCAUUCAGCAGUUUUUACUGCAGAAUGAAUGGAACUCCCUGAACGUUUCCUCAUGGAGCCGAACGUCUGUGAUGUUUGGAGCUCAGAUUCAGUUAGAAAUCCAAACCCAGCAUGAAGCGCUUCAUCCUCAGUCAGUGCCUUUGUUUCAUAAAGUAUUCUAUGUAUAGAGAUAUAAAUAUAUAUUGUUACUCGCUCUUACACUAUAAAAAGUCUUUAAUAUUUGACCUAUAUGCUUCAAACCUAAGGAAGCCUCCAUUAUGCAGUAUCUAUCUGUGUUUGUACAUACGUUCAUAUGUGUAAUCUUUCAUAUAUCCUGUAUUGUAAUAAUUAUUGCCUUUAUUUGACCCAGGCCUGUUAUAUUGAAUAAUUUCUGCACAGCUCAUACGUAACCUCCUGCUCUCGUGUAUUUUUGUCUUCUCUGCUUCGUUGUGUCUCAAUAUAUUUGACCUUUAAAUCUGUAUCUGAGUGUUUGAGUCAGACUGUAAAUCUCCACCAUAUUAAAGGUGAUCUGAUCACUGCA